ACAUUUAAAGAUUAAAGGUUUGGUUGAUGUUUCUAAUUGUGAAUUUGUUUUAAUUAUUAUUUUUGUUUUCCAUUUUAAUUGUCUAGUUUUACCUCUUUUUUUUCUAAUAGAAAGUGUAAUGUUUAUCUCCAAUUAUGUCUUCAAUUAUUGACAAUGAUGAUGUUGCUGUAAAUAAUAAUAAGGGAGAUACAAUUAGUCGACAAGAUAAAUGUGAAUUAAUUUCAAAUUCAGAUUCUGGUUGUAUAACCAGUAGUAGAAAUUAUUUGAAAAUUGUUAAAGCCAUUUAUCCAUUUAAAGGUGCCAAUAAUGAUGAACUGUGCUUCCAAAAAGAUGAUUUAAUUAUAUUAACACAAACACCUGAAGGUGGUUGGUAUGAAGGAACUCACCUUGCUAAAAGGAUCACUGGUUGGUUUCCAGCGGGUUAUGUUACUCCAUUACAACCCGAUCAUGCACAUUCACUUCUUGAUCAACAAUUUAUCGAUACAUUUAAUAAAGAUCACAAUCUACAAUCAAAUCGAACCUCAGUAUUUAGUGAUCUAAUUGAGACGGAGAAAAAUUAUGUCGCUGAACUUCAGAAUAAUAUAUCAACGUAUCUUUUACCUUUACACGAAUCUCAUAUAUUACCUGAUGAGGAGACAAAAAUGGCUAUCGAAGCUUAUGAGAAAGUAAUCAAAGUUCAUGAUACAUUUUCUUCUGCUCUUGAAACCGUUCGAGAGGAAAGUAACAAAGAUAUGAGAAUUGGUGGUUGUUUUAUGAGUCAUGCUUCAGGUAUCAAGGAAGCUCAUUUCAAUUUCUGUUCUAUUCAUCCUAAAUUUGUUCAUUUAAUUGAGAAACAAACUGAAAAGGUUUGCUCCCUGUUGAAAGAGACACUGGACAGUAAUAAUCAAUCUCAGCCUAACACCAAUUACCUUAUUCUACUCACAAGUGGACUCAGUUUAACUUUUCGACAUCUUGAUAAAUAUCCGUCUUACCUUCAAGAAUUACAAAGGUACACCAAUGAUGCUCAUCCUGAUCGUGGGGACAUUCAACGAGCUGGUUUUGUUUUCCGUGAUCUGGUCUCUUCUUGUCUUCAACUUCGCCGACAAAAAGAGAUGGAACUUGAAGUUAUGCUUGGUAAUGUUCGUUCCUGGCCUACAACUGGUGAACCGAUUGGUGAUUUAGGUCCAGUCUCUCAUAUGGGCCCAGUUACUGUUUUACAAUCACCAUCAUCAUCAGAAACUGUGAAAAAAGAUCGCUACCUUGUACUUUUUCCUACAUGUUUGGUACUUCUCUCAGUCUCUGAUGAGAUGACAUCUUUUGUCUAUGAAGACAAACUUUACCUGGUCAAUGUAACAUUACCUCGUCUUCCUGACAUUCAGUCUACAAAGACGAUUUUUCAACUUCUUGUUGCUGAUCCAAAUUCCGAGGAAACGGGUAAAUACGUUUUAUCCUGUGUUAACCCGGAAGAUAUAAGAAAAUGGAUCAGUAUGAUGCACAAAUGUAAAAGUAAACUUGAAUCCUCAAAGUGCUUGGAAACACCAAUGAAGGAAGUUCGAGCUAGUCCAAGUCACCAUCCCAUUCAAGCACCUGAAAGCCCUUUAUCAUCAGCACUUACCGAUAAUAAUCGAAGUAAAUAUUGGGCAUGGAAAAGUUUAUUACCCCAUCCACCAAAUCGUACAUCAAGUUCUAGUAGUGAUUUUGAUGGGAACAAUACGUUAACUCGAGACUCAUUGAAUAAGGUCAACACUAAUGAGGAUGCCAAACAAAUGAACGAUAUGGCAAUUCUACAAGUAAUCGAAGCCUAUUGUCAAGGUAAUCGUUCAAAGUUAACCGGAACUCAGAUUAUUCAACAAAAUCGUGAUAAUGAUAAACAUACUCUCAACAAAACAAAUAACCAUCAAAAUGACAUUUCGAUUGAUGGUAAACAUGGAUCCGAGUUAUCGACUAUUUUAAAAGAGAUACGAAAUUUAAAGACCGAAAUGGAAUCAAUUACUUGUUGCCUGAAAAAAGAGACACAAUCACGUAAAAGAUUAGCGGCCAAAGUGGAUUCACUUGCAUCCAUCAUCUUCAAAUAAUUAUAAUCGUCAAACUAAUUUAGUCAAAAAUUAAACUCUUUUAGUUAAAAUAGCAGAUAAUUUUAAUCAACUUUCACUUUUUCUAUGAGAUUUUUUCAUUCUAAAUUUCCUGCCUGUUUAUACAAAUUAUAUACUAAUUAUCACUUUAACUUUAAUCUUGAACUUGAUAGUCGCUUCAAGGUUAUUUGAAAUUUAUUGACAAUUAACUAAUUAUUUAUGCAUAUAAAUUACCUAACAAAUUAUAAACAUGUAACUUAAACUGGAAAGUAACUUCUCAACUUAUUAAUUUCACCAGUUAAAUUACCUGAAUUUUUAUUUCUUUUGUUUUAAUACUACAGAAAGAGAAUCCAAUCAAUAAAAAAAUUUCCUUUUCUAUAAA